AUGAUAACACGUAAUGAACAAACAGUGGGGACCGUAACCGUUAAAUUUGAUAAUAUAAACCAAACAUUGGACUCAGAUAAGUGUUUCAGUUUAUAUUCUGAAAUUGUAGAGGAGAUUCAAGGUAAAAAUGAAGAAUUUGAAGGAAAGAAUCAUGCAGAUUUCAAGGACGAAUGUGAAAAAUUAACUAGAUAUAUAAAGGAAGAAAAUCAGAAACUUAAAGAGUGUUAUACUAAAUGGUUUCUAGAUCUUAACUUAGAUGUUGAUGAACAAAUAAACCGUUUUUAUCGAAUAUGUAGUGCAAAUACUAGUAGUAAUUACAUCUUACCACAAGAUAAAAAAUCUAAUGAAUUAAUAGACGGUACAAAAAUAUCCUGCGAAACAAAUCAAGACUGUGUAAAAGAAGUAAAAGAACCAAAAGGAAAAGCGGGUGAAGGAACAUCGCAACCGAAUGAAAAAGACCCCAAAAUAAUAACUUCAGAAACAAAAGCUCUUCAAAGCAAUACACAUAAUAGUCAACCCAUAAAUGGUACUGCUGACGUGGGGGUUAAUACUGCAUCAUCUGACCAUACACCUAGUGUUAAAAGUAAUAUUGAAAAUGCUUCUCAUAGUGAACUUGAUGUUACUAAAGCUGCUAAUAAUGCAUCCAGUGAAAGUAAAGGUGUUGAUAGUGCAGUUUCGAAUGUUGAAGCUAAACAGGAUAAGGACUCAUGCAGUAAUAAUCACUGUAAGAGAUACAGGGUAUUCAAGAUUCUCCUGCUAGUGUAUCUACUUCUAUGGAAUUACAAAGGGACGGUUCACCUCAAUGUGAAGCGCGCACUGGACAAGAAACACCUGAUCUAG